GAAAGAAAAAAGCGCAAUAAACCGAAGAUAACCGCUAUAACAAUCAACCUCUGCUUCUGUUUCUGGGAGUAGAAGAGGUUUUGAAGAGAAGAGAAGAGAAGAGAAGGAGUAGAACUGAAAAAGUGGAACCUCUUCAUUCUGCAAGCGUUGAAGCUUUGUUUCCCUUGUGUGUCUGUGUGCUUCACUCCAAUGGCUUCCAUUCCCGGAUCUCGAUCGGGUGGCAAAAUGGUCCGAACCCGCCGAACCGCCUCUGCCAGGACUCGGACCCCCUACGACCGACCCGAUCCCUCUCAGAGCCCUAAUUGGCUCUCGCGUUUCGUUGUCUCCCCAACCCGUUUCAUUGCUUCUGGUGCCGGAAAGCUCUUUUCCUCUGUUUUGGAUCUCAAUUCUUCUCCAACUUCCUCCUCCUCCGCUACUUCUUCUCCUUCCUCUUCUGCUAACGAUUCCAGUGAUGAGGAAGUUGGUACUUUCGAUGAUGAAAAUGAUAGCCCUUUUGAAGGUGAUAUUGCAUUGAACAAGGGAUUCCAGCCAUUAGUUUGGAAUAGCAAAAGCAAGCAUAUCAUCGAGCAGCUACUUAUGCAAGAGUCAUUCUCAAGGGAAGAAUGUGAUAGGUUGAUAAAAAUAAUAAGAUCAAGAGUUGUAGAUUCUCCUGCAAAUGAUGAUGAUGGGGAUAAGAGGCCAAGGGAUAUAUUCAACAUGACUUUUGGAAACGAUUCACCCGAUCUCUGUAGUGCUGCUGUUAUGGAGGCAAAGAAAUGGCUGCAGGAGAAGAAGUCAGGAUUAGAUUCAAAUUCAGAUUUAGGUUAUGGAAGUCAUAGUUUGAUUUUGGCUACAUCACCACAAGAUCCCAAAGAUGAAGGAUCACCGGUGGAUGUGGCUAAGUCAUAUAUGCGCACACGCCCUCCGUGGGCAUCUCCCUCCAUAGACCAUACUAAGCCUCCAACACCAUCCGGAAUUCAACUCUUUAAAGAAGAAACACCACAUCUAUUUGGUGGCAAUUCUACAUCGUCCUCCAAGUUGAAAAGGGAUUCUCCUGCUACUGGAUCAUGGAGUAUUCAGGAUGAAAUACGAAGAGUAAGAUCCAGGGCAACAGAGGAGAUGCUUAGGACUCUUCCCUCCUCAAAAAUUGAUUGGUCUGCAUUUGCUGUUGAGCAUAAAAAUAAUGUGAACUCUUCUGCUAUUGAAAUUAUUGAAGCUAGUUUGCAAGAGAAAGAAAAUAAUUUUACAAAUUUAGAAUAUGCAUCUACAAACUUGGCCAGAGGAUUAGGUUCUCAGGCCUCUCCAGAUUUGGAGAGUAAACUGGAUGGGUUCCAACCUGAAUCUGUGCUGUGUGAUCCAGCUAAUAAUAAUUCUGAACAGAAUCAGGGCUUUGUAGCUGUUCUGAAAACCAAAGGCACUCAAGAUGACUGCAGAGAAAUAACUUCUUCAGGACUAAGAGAUGGGUCCUCGGAUGAUAUGCUCAGGUAUGGUGGUCUGGUUAAAGUCAAUGGCAAUAAUGACACUAAUGGGUCUAAUCAUCAGCGAGAUUCAGUUGAAGAAACUAGAGAAGCUUUAAAUUCUAGAUUACAAGAUGGAAAGUGCUUGGUAUUCAAAGAGAAGGUUGGAGCAGAUGAUGCAUGGUUAAAUGGGUUCCCCUCUUCAGAAGAGCCCAGUUUGUAUGCAGAGAAUGUUAUUGAACAGGGCACAAGAACAUUGGAUAAUGAAUCCAGUGCAGUUGAUUCAAGACAGGAGAGGACAGCUCAGGGUGUUCUUGAGCAAGAGACUUGUAAGCUGUUGCGUGAAUCUAUGGAGGUGCCUGAUAUGAAUGUAGCCGACACUGUUGCUUUCAAAGAAGAUGACGGUGUUGCAACUGGCUCGCAGAACAGUUCCAGUGUACAGGACGAGGUUCAGCCGAAUAGUUCUCGGCUAGGUUCAGAAUCAAGCUUGGCAGCCACACCAACUAGUAUUGCUAAGCAAAAGGGUAAAAGAAUUACCAGAUACAACAGAAGGGGCAAGAGCAGGGGUGUCAAAUGAUGCCUGUUGUAUCUAGUAUGUUAAAUUUUAAGUUACCCUUAGCUUAAAAAGUAGGGAUCUGCAGGUCAUUUGUGAGAUUAAUGAUAUUUACGAAUGAGUCUACGUCAACUUGGGCAGUAUUUUUCUUUCAUCUGCUUCCUUUUCUGUAUGGGGAUUGCGUUCACGAAAUCAGGCUCAGGAAAUCGAAUGCAUUUUCUGUAAAAUGAUUAAAUUAGCUACAUGGAAGUUUUUCUUUUCCUCUUUAACUAGAUUAAUAGAUUUUUUUAUGGGACAGGUAUGAACUCAGUAACCAUUCGGGCUGUUCUAUGCAAACUUUGCAUUCUGGAACUAAUAGUUGAAA